GGGGAAAAGGAGCACAAGUAAUGGUUGGGGACCGAGGUUCUUUUCUUGGCACAACAACACUUUACUCCGAUCUCCGUGAAUUUCUUAAAACCAACCCUUCCUCCCAUUGUUGGAUCCCAAUUCAUCCGAACUGAAGGGGAAAAGAAAAAGGUGUCAAACAUGGACUUCCUGUCGAAACAUAUGUCCUGUCUGUCUAAUCUAGAGCUUAAUCUGGCUCCGGGAUGGCAGACUGUUGGCGCGUAUUUCCUUCUCGCAGCUGGAAGUUUGUUCGUGGCUUCUAGGGCUUUGACUUUUGUUAGAGUCAUCCUUAGUCUGUUUGUUCUUCCUGGAAAAUCGCUUCGCUCUUUCGGUCCCAAAGGCAGCUGGGCCGUGGUUACAGGUGCUUCUGAUGGAUUGGGCAAGGAGUUCUCUUUCCAGCUUGCUCGUGCUGGGUUUAACAUCGUCCUCGUCUCUCGGACUGCCCCCAAGCUGACUACACUGUCCAACGAAAUCACGUCUAAGUACUCCGUUCAGACCAAGACCCUAGCUAUGGACUUUGCACGCAACGAAGAUAGCGACUACGAGAAGCUGAAAUCCCUAGUGGAUGGGUUGGACGUGGCUAUUUUGGUGAACAAUGUUGGAAAGAGCCACGACAUUCCCACUCCGUUCGCAUUGACUUCCCAGGAUGAGAUGACGGACAUCAUAACUAUCAACUGCAUGGGCACCCUGCGUGCUACUCAGUUGAUCAUUCCAGGAAUGAUGCAGCGCAAGCGGGGUUUGAUCCUAACCAUGGGAUCCUUCGGUGGUCUUCUUCCAUCCCCUCUUCUUGCGACCUACUCUGGUAGCAAGGCCUUCCUGCAGCAGUGGUCGACGGCCCUUGGUUCGGAGCUUGAGCAGCACGGUAUCACCGUUGAACUCGUGCAGGCAUACCUCAUUACUUCUGCUAUGUCGAAGAUUCGCCGGGCCAGCGCUACAAUCCCGGAUCCCCGCUCGUUCGUCAAAUCAGUGCUGUCCAAGAUUGGCCGUAAUGGGGGAUCUCCGUUCUAUGCUUACAGCUCAUCACCCUACUGGAGCCAUGGAUUGAUGGCCUACUUCUUAACCUGUGUUACUGGAACCAUGGGCAAGUUCGUUGCUAACCAGAAUCGUGGUAUGCAUGAGUCAAUUCGCAAGCGUGCUUUGCGCAAGGCUGAGCGCGAGAAGGCGAAGAAGAGCUCUUAAUCGAGGGCGUUGCGUUGUGCUUGCAUGUCGGUAUCGCAAAAGGUUGCAUGAUAAUUUGUGAUUAAUUUUGCAGGGGGUCGCAUGAUGAUAUGAUGGAUCUGGAUGUCUACUGGGAUAGUCCGUUGUUGAACGAGAUUGGACGCUAUAAUGAUUGUUGGCGGGAGGGCGUUGUUAAAAAAUUUUUUUAAGUAUGGGAGUAGAAGGGCAAUAUGCGCUAGAAAUACAACCCCUUUCUAUGGGGCGAUUAAUGAUCUUAGUGUGCAAUUUUAGGUGUCGAUACGCUAGAUCUCGCCGUCAGUCAAUCCCUCACACUGCAGAAGAUAAUGUCGCAUACCUUCAGUAUCUUAGUAAAUGGACACUUUUCUAUCCAUGCCUCCUUU